AUGUCGUGCUUUAAAUGUGGCGAACCAGGCCAUUUUGCUCGAGAAUGUAUGAAUUAUGCUGGUAAUGAUUCAACAACUUUUGAUUCAUUUAAUGAUUUAAACCGAAAUGACAAUACAUUUAAUAAUCAAAAUUCUUUUGUUUAUAAUAAUAAUAAUGAACUACAACGUUGUUAUCGUUGUAAUGAAUUUGGCCAUAUAGCACGUGAAUGUUUGUCUGAUAAUGAUAUUCGUACAUGUUAUAAUUGUGGUCAAAAUGGACAUAUUCGUAGUGAAUGUAUGGCAUCAGUAAAUCCAAUGUUAAAUAUAAAUAAUAAUUCAAGAAAUAAUCCUCAAUGUUAUCGUUGUGGUCAAUUUGGGCAUUUUGCUAGAGAUUGUUCAAUAUCAAUAGAGAAUAAUGGCGUUCCUGUACCUGGUAUAACAAAUGGUGUUUUAAAUGAUCGAAUUUGUUUUAAUUGUUCACGUCCUGGUCAUAUUGCUGUUGCAUGUCCAGAAGGUACUCGAACAGAUAUGCGUGAUGUUAUUUGUUAUUGUUGUAACCGUUCAGGUCAUUUAUCUCGAGAUUGUCCUGAUUCUAAUAUAAAAUGUUAUUCAUGUGGUUUAAUGGGUCAUAUGGCACGUGAUUGUUCAAAUAAUCGUAUAUUUUCUUCAUCAUCAUCAAUUCAACAACGCCAAACAAAUGUUUCACGACAAUCAUAUAAUGUUAACAUGUCAUUAAUUAAUUAA